UGUUUGCACCCGCCUCCGGCCCGGAAGUGCUUUCUUGGGAAGAUGGCGGCUGUGUCGGUGUGUGCUCCACCGGUUGGAGGCUUCUCUUUUGAUAACUGCCGCAGGAAUGCCGUCUUGGAAGCCGAUUUUGCAAAGAGGGGAUACAAGCUUCCAAAGGCCCGGAAAACUGGCACGACCAUCGCUGGGGUGGUCUAUAAGGAUGGCAUAGUUCUUGGAGCAGAUACAAGAGCAACUGAAGGGAUGGUUGUUGCUGACAAGAACUGUUCAAAAAUACACUUCAUAUCUCCUAAUAUUUAUUGUUGUGGUGCUGGGACAGCUGCAGACACAGACAUGACAACCCAGCUCAUUUCUUCCAACUUGGAGCUCCACUCCCUCUCCACUGGCCGUCUUCCCAGAGUUGUGACAGCCAAUCGGAUGCUGAAGCAGAUGCUUUUCAGGUAUCAAGGUUACAUUGGUGCAGCCCUAGUUUUAGGGGGAGUAGAUGUUACUGGACCUCACCUCUACAGCAUCUAUCCUCACGGAUCAACUGAUAAGUUGCCUUAUGUCACCAUGGGUUCUGGCUCCUUGGCAGCAAUGGCUGUAUUUGAAGAUAAGUUUAGGCCAGACAUGGAGGAGGAGGAAGCCAAGAAGCUGGUGAGCGAAGCCAUCGCAGCUGGCAUCUUCAACGACCUGGGCUCCGGAAGCAACAUUGACCUCUGCGUCAUCAGUAAGAACAAGCUGGAUUUUCUCCGCCCAUACACAGUGCCCAACAAGAAGGGGACCAGGCUUGGCCGGUACAGAUGUGAGAAAGGGACUACUGCAGUCCUCACUGAGAAAAUCACUCCUCUGGAAAUUGAGGUGCUGGAAGAAACAGUCCAAACAAUGGACACUUCCUGAAUGGCAUCAGUGGGUGGCUGGCUGUGGUUCUGGAAGAUGGUGGGCAUUGGAGGUCCAGUAAGACAUUCACGUGGCUAGUGUUUGCUGAAUGAAACUCAAUAAAAAACAAACAAAAACCAAAUUGGGCAGCUGA